GGAAGUUCUCUGGACGCUGGACACUCUAGUUGCGGGAGACUUUGAGCUGUUUUAGUGCCAUGCAUCAUUUACAGUGUAUCCUCCAAGCACAGAGGUGUCUGGGGUGGGGCCCCUUGGCCUCUGUGUCCUGCUUGCUGCUCCGGACCUGCAGGGCACACAGCAGUUUCUCCGGCACCACAUGUCCCAGUCCAGAGGGGCAGCAGGAGGAUGGAGCUCAGAAGGAUUUCAGCUCCAGGCUGGCUACUGGACCAACGUUUCAGCAUUUCUUAAGAAGUGCUUCAGUUCCUCAAGAGAAGCUGGCUUCUGCAGAUGUGGUGGACCCACCCCCAUAUGUCACAGUGGAUGAACUUUUAGGAAGGCAGAGAAAAGUCUACCUUGAGACCUAUGGCUGCCAGAUGAAUGUGAAUGAUGCAGAGAUAGCCUGGUCCAUCUUACAGAAGAGUGGCUACCUGCGGACCAGUAAUCUCCAAGAGGCUGAUGUGAUCCUCCUUGUCACUUGCUCUAUCAGGGAGAAGGCUGAACAGACCAUCUGGAAUCGUUUACAUCAGCUUAAAGUCCUGAAGACAAAACGGCUCCGUUCCCGAGUACCUCUGAAGAUUGGGAUUCUAGGUUGCAUGGCUGAGAGACUGAAGGAGGAGAUCCUCAAUAGGGAGAAAAUGGUGGAUAUUUUGGCUGGUCCAGAUGCCUAUCGGGACCUUCCUCGGCUGCUGACUGUUGCUGAGUCAGGCCAGCAAGCUGCCAAUGUGCUGCUUUCUCUGGAUGAGACCUAUGCUGAUGUCAUGCCAGUCCAGACGAGCCCCAGUGCCACUUCUGCUUUUGUGUCUAUCAUGAGAGGCUGUGACAACAUGUGCAGCUACUGCAUUGUUCCUUUCACGCGUGGCCGGGAGAGGAGUCGGCCUGUUGCCUCCAUUCUAGAGGAAGUGAGAAAGCUUUCCGAGCAGGGGCUGAAAGAAGUGACACUACUUGGUCAGAAUGUUAAUAGUUAUCGGGACAGUUCAGAGGUCCAGUUCAACAAUGCAGUGUCCACCAACCUCAGCCGUGGCUUCUCCACCAACUAUAAAACCAAGCAAGGAGGCCUUCGUUUUGCUCACCUUCUGGAUCAGGUCUCCAGAAUAGAUCCUGAAAUGAGGAUUCGUUUUACUUCUCCCCACCCCAAGGAUUUUCCUGAUGAGGUUCUGCAGCUGAUUCAUGAGAGAGACAACAUCUGUAAACAGAUCCACCUACCAGCUCAGAGUGGAAGUAGCCGUGUAUUGGAAGCCAUGCGGAGAGGCUAUUCAAGAGAAGCUUAUGUGGAGUUAAUUCAUCAUAUCAAAGAGUCUAUUCCAGGCGUGAGCCUCAGCAGUGAUUUCAUUGCUGGCUUUUGUGGUGAGACCGAGGAAGAUCACCUCCAGACAGUGUCUUUGCUUCGGGAAGUUCAGUACAACAUGGGCUUCCUCUUUGCCUACAGCAUGAGACAGAAGACACGGGCAUAUCACAGGCUGAAGGAUGAUGUCCUGGAAGAAGUAAAAUUAAGGCGUUUGGAGGAACUUAUCACUGUCUUCCGAGAAGAAGCAACGAAAGCCAACAAGACCUCUGUGGGUUGUACCCAGCUGGUGCUGGUGGAGGGGCUCAGUAAACGCUCAGCCACUGAGCUGUGCGGCCGGAAUGAUGGAAACCUCAAGGUGAUAUUCCCUGAUGUAGAGAUGGAGGAUGCCACUGACUCAGGGCUCAAGGUCAGAGCUCAGCCUGGGGACUAUGUGCUAGUGAAGAUUACCUCCGCCAGCUCUCAGACACUUAGAGGACAUGUGCUCUGCAGGACCACUCUGAAGGACUCCUCAGCCUAUUGCUCACCUGAGUGAUGACUUCAGAGUUGAUGUGGGCGGUCCUUGCCACCAGGAAGGGAGAUAUGACUCGUCACUAAUGAAAGAAGUAAUGAAGCAUUGAAGACAAGCUGCAAGUGGUGAAGCAACUUUAUGUCAAAUGGAGAAAUGCAUCUCUUUGCUGCUAUAUGAACAACCGUUAUAAUCAUUAAAUUUACCUAAACUAAAG